CCCUGUGCCAAGAUCCCGAUAUGUGCGAUCCUAACAUUGAAAACCACAGGGGAUAGCAGCACUUCGCGUGUAUGGUAUUGCUGCAGCACGAUCACAACACAACCAACAGACAAGCUAGUAGCUGCACACACAAACGAGUCUCGGGGAGUUGCCACCACAACAGUCCCGUGGCGGAGAAAUACCGGCGGAAAAUCGGGAAAAUGCCCGGGACGGAGCUGCGGGCUCGACCACACGCAACGCGCAGCCACGAUUUCGGAGGGUGCAAGCGCGGGACCUGCCGACGCCUCACAGGCCUCACAGGCCUCACAGGCUAGUGCUGGCGGUCCUUCCUCUGUGGAUCAGGGAGCUGCCGCUGCGGACCCGAAGGCAAUCGGCGAGGCUAUCGAUGAGAUGCUAGCCGCCAACGACCCCGUCAAAAACAGCAACGGCAAACGCGCGUACCCGGAGCCCAACUUCCCGAUCGAGCGGUCAGGAGCAGUGGGAGGGGAAGGGAGCUACCCCAUCCGGUUCAAGCUGAACGCGGCGGCCUACGCACGGGAGAUCUGCCCGUGCGACGGUCAACCGGUGGGAAACAACGGCGCGGCGAAAGUUCUCCAGGCUAGUGCUGGCGGUCCUUCCUCUGCGGAUCAGGGAGCUGCCGCUGCGGACCCGAAGGCAACCGGCGAGGCUAUCGAUGAGAUGCUAGCCGCCAACGACCCCGUCAAAAACAGCAACGGCAAACGCGCGUACCCGGAGCCCAACUUCCCGAUCGAGCGGUCAGGAGCAGUGGGAGGGGAAGGGAGCUACCCCAUCCGGUUCAAGCUGAACGCGGCGGCCUACGNUCGGGAAAAUGCCCGGGACGGAGCUGCGGGCUCGACCACACGCAACGCGCAGCCACGAUUUCGGAGGGUGCAAGCGCGGGACCUGCCGACGCCUCACAGGCCUCACAGGCCUCACAGGCUAGUGCUGGCGGUCCUUCCUCUGUGGAUCAGGGAGCUGCCGCUGCGGACCCGAAGGCAAUCGGCGAGGCUAUCGAUGAGAUGCUAG